AUGAAAGUCAAGAUCACCAAGUGGAAUGCCGUCGCGACUUGGCGUUGGAACAUUCCUGAAGACGAUGUUUGUGGCAUUUGCCAGGUACACUUUGACGGAACGUGUCCAACCUGCAAAUACCCCGGCGAUAGCUGCCCACUCCUAUCUGGAAAAUGCGGGCAUAAUUUUCAUAUGCAUUGUAUUCUAGAGUGGAUAAAACAGGACUCAGCCAAGGGCCAAUGUCCAAUGUGUCGGCAGAGGUUUGAAUGGACCGAGCAGCCAAAUGAGACCUCACUGGACACAACAUCGGGGGUCGCUGGGGCGUAG